UUAAAUAUGGGAUGAACGACCAAAAAUGAAGAUUCUCGCUUUACAUUUGGUUUUUACAUCUUGUUAACAUUGCUGCAUCUGUAAAAAAACACAUUUACUGUAAACAAGCAUGGCUGCAUGUUGUGUUGUGCAGGUGCGAAAAUCAUAAUUUGGUAAACGUAAAUAUUUUCAAAUGUGAUGUCUUUGUGGCAACAAAUGAUUGCCAAAAUAUAAAUCAGCUUUAACGUAAACUGGAGGUGGGUCGAACUAGAAUCACAUUGCUGGCUCCGCCUUCAUUUCUGUGUGUUUCCAUCAGGUCCUGUAGGCAACUGUAAAGUCCUGUUUCACAGCACUCCACUGUGCAUUUUUUGCUACGAGAUUUUGAAAUCAUGUCUGGAAGAGGUAAAGGCGGUAAAGGACUCGGCAAAGGAGGCGCUAAGCGUCAUCGCAAAGUUUUGCGUGAUAACAUCCAGGGAAUCACCAAACCCGCCAUUCGUCGUCUCGCUCGUCGUGGUGGUGUCAAGCGUAUCUCCGGUCUGAUCUAUGAGGAGACUCGCGGUGUGUUGAAAGUGUUUUUGGAGAACGUUAUUCGUGACGCCGUCACCUACACUGAACACGCCAAGAGAAAGACUGUCACUAGCAUGGAUGUCGUUUAUGCUCUGAAGCGUCAGGGUCGCACUCUGUACGGUUUCGGAGGUUAAACGCUUAAACUCCACACAAACCCAAACGGCUCUUUUAAGAGCCACCCAUCUUCUCAUAUAAAGAGUUAACAUCUCCGUUG